CCCUGGUAUACACCCUGAGGAGAUUGGAAGUAGUGAUGGCACUGAUGUUUCUAGACCUGGCAGUAGUCGAGUCCCAGUGGUGGACAGUGGCCAGGUGAUUAAUCCCCUAACUGGACAACCUGAGGACUUUGAUGAGUGCGAGCUGAUGGGUCACAUGAUGUGCAAGAAUGGCCGCUGCAUAAACACCAUGGGCUCAUUUCGUUGCGAGUGUAAUGUUGGCUUCCGAUACAAUGAACCCAGUCACAUGUGUGUUGAUAUCAAUGAGUGUGAUGAAUUUUCACCAUGCCAAGGCUUAGCUAAGUGUGAGAACACUGUGGGAAGUUAUCGCUGCUCUUGCCCUCCUGGUUAUAAAAUCAGCCGACACAACAAUGACUGUGUUGACAUCAACGAAUGUGAACACGAAGGGGUUUGUCAACAUGGUGUCUGCAAUAAUUUUCAGGGAAGCUUCCAGUGUAUAUGCGACCCAGGUUAUGUGCUCACAGCAACCGCUCCUCGUGCAUUGACUUGGAUAAUGUGUUUCCCUUCCCCCAAUAUCUGCAAUAAUGGGACAUGCCUUAAUUCCAUGGGGUCCUACCAGUGUCAGUGCUAUCGAGGAUUCAAGAUUGGCCCUAACCGUGACUGUAUCGAUGUGAAUGAGUGUCUGAUCAACGUAGGUCUUUGUGUCAAUGGUCGCUGUCGAAACACUGAAGGUUCAUUCAGAUGCGAGUGUGCUGAUGGCUAUACCCUCACACCAAAUGGAGAGCAGUGUCGUGAUAUUAAUGAAUGCUCUGAGGUAGGUUGACAGAUGUCUUAUAUGAGGUUUACCUCUU